UCACAUGUCACGGGUAUGAGAUUAAUGACUGAAUCCUGUCUGAGAGUGACCACAUCGGAAGCGACCGAUAUUUCAUAAAAAUACAGAUGUUUUAUUGUAGAGUAGUCUUUAAAUCUCAACGAGCGGAAUAAGGAAAUAAAUUUAUUUAAAAUACAAACUUGUGAGUGAUUUUUUUAUGAUCAUUAUCUGUUGCUUUACGGUAAAUUACCAUUUGGAUUCUUCAUUCAGGUUGGUGAGCUUACAAGGCACCAAGUUUUUUCUUCCCCAUAUAAUUUGGAAGCCCUGAGCAACCAAUCAUGGGAGACUGGGGAUUUCUCUCAGCUUUACUGGACAAAGUGCAGUCCCACUCCACCGUCAUCGGCAAGAUAUGGAUGGUCGUCCUCUUCAUCUUCAGGAUCCUGGUGUUGGGAACGGCGGUGGAGAGCGUUUGGGGUGACGAGAGAUCCAGCUUAGUAUGCAACACCAACACGCCCGGUUGCGAGAACGUAUGUUAUGACUGGAAGUUCCCCAUCUCGCAUAUUCGCUUCUGGGUCAUGCAGAUCAUCUUCAUUUCCACUCCGACUUUGCUGUACCUGGGCCACGUGGUACACGUCAUCCACCAAGAGAACAAAUUGAGAGACGAGCUGAAAAAGAACCCGAUGUCCAAGAAGCCAAAAUAUACAGACCCUAACGGGAAGGUUGCAAUCAAAGGAAACCUGCUGUGUAGCUACUUGACCCAGCUGUUUGCAAAGAUCCUUUUAGAGGUGGCUUUCAUCAUUGGACAGUAUUAUCUGUUUGGAUUUAUCAUGGAUCACACGUUCUACUGUAAGAUUCCGCCCUGUACGAUGAUGACAGAGUGUAUCAUGUCUAGACCCACAGAGAAAACCAUCUUCAUUAUCUUCAUGCUGGUGGUGGCUUGUUUGUCUGUGGCCUUAAAUAUUCUAGAAAUAUUCUAUUUGCUUGUUAAGAUGAUACAUAGGAGGAAUAAGAGAUCUAAGAAUGUAAUGUACGCUGGUGAAACCCAUUAUCCUUCAGCUUUUAUGGUAGAAGCCAGUGCUGUUAAUGGAAUGAGACACAAUGAGUUAAACAUGGCCUUUCAGAACAGGUGCACUCAAAGAAAGGGCAGUCUUGAAGGAGCCACAUGUGAUCUAUAAGGCAAGUCCUUGUGUCAUUCUAGCACAUAUUUCUGGUAAAAUACAUAUAGCAAAUAUAAUCAAGAAAUAUUAAUAUGAUAUAUUAUGAUCAAACUUAGCCUAUGAACAAUAUUGUUAAUUGUAACUUUUGCUAACUGAACACUAGAUGGCGCUGUAACCUUCUUGAGUUGCACUCACAAACUCCUUACUUCUGUCACUAAGGCCAGUGAUUUUUUUGUCAUUUUUUUCUACAGCCUUUUUAAAUUAUAUUUUUACUUUAACCAAGUUUUUUUAUUCACCAAGAAUAAAUGUGAUAUAAAUAUGUA